CUUCUGUUUGUGUUCGUGUGUAUUCACGUUCGCUUUUAGAACUCUUUCUAAGGAAGAUUAUUAAUUAGCUAAUAUUUAAUUAAUUAAUUAAUUAGUUAUUAUUAUAAAAGCAGAAUUGGGUAUUAGACCGGACAACAAAUAUUUCUAUUCAAAUUCAUAUUAUUUUUGAGCUGAUUAACUCUCAUUUCAAUUUUUUAAUGUCGUGAUUAGUAGCUUUGGAGUGAUUAGACAUAUUAACCAUUUAUUAAAGUAUUAAACAUUAAAGGGUAAAGAUUAAAUAACAUUAUAAAUAAUAUAAUUAAAAUUAUUUAAUGAUCAAAAUGUCUCUUGUUAUCGAAAAUCAGAACACUGAAGCUUUUUAUAAUAAUGCAGCUGGUGGCAACAAUAUGCAGUCCAGUUUCACAUCACCACAGCAGUCUGUUAUAAAUUCUCAAGAACUCUCCACGACUCAUGGGAAUUACGAUCCUGUUAGCAUUAAUAAUGUUAAUGAUCAAUUAGGAAAUCAAUUAAUUGUACCCGCUCCGAUGUCGACAAAUAUCAUCAUGUCUUCAUCUGCUGGUUCAAAUCAAGUUGCUGUUAGUUAUGAUGGUCGCAGAAUGAGGAGUAAAACUAACAUCAGAAAAACUGUGGACUAUAAUCCUUCAAUUGUUAAUUGGCUACAUGGUCGAAUAUUUCAAAAUGACCAUCGAGACCGACCUUGUAUCCAGCCUGACCAAAUGUACAACUACCUCAUGCUGCCUCCCCCAGCGUUCCUCGACAACCCGAUCAAUUGCCUCUGCACCAGGUCCAUCAGGAUGGCCAUGAACAAAGUCAAAUGUCCAAUAUUCACUGUCAAGUGGACGCCAGAGGGACGUCGAUUGGUGACGGGUGCGUCGAGUGGUGAGUUCACGUUGUGGCAUGGAUUGACAUUUAGCUUCGAAACUAUACUUCAGGCCCAUGAGUGUCCUGUUCGUUCAAUGGUGUGGAGUCGCAACGACCAGUGGAUGAUCACAGCUGACCAUGGUGGCUUCAUCAAGUACUGGCAGAGUAACAUGAAGUACGUCAAGAUGUACCAGAUCCACAAAGAGGCCGUUAGAGGGCUGAGUUUUUGUCCAUCUGACCAGAAGUACGCCUCGUGCUCCGAUGAUGCCACCGUCAGAAUUUGGGACUUCCUGAGAGGUGAAGAAGAAAGAAUACUGAGAGGACACGGUGCAGAUGUGAGGUGCAUCGACUGGCACCCGUACAUGGGCCUGCUGGCAUCGGGCAGCAGGGACGCACAACAACCCGUCAAACUGUGGGACCCGCGAACUGGAGAGGCCCUUGUUACCAUCCAUGCUCACAAGCACACUGUCAUGGAUCUGAAGUGGAACCGAAAUGGAAACUGGCUGCUGACGGCAAGCAGAGACCACCUGCUCAAGUUGUUUGAUGUUCGGAACAUGAAGGAAGAGGUCCAACUAUUCAGAGGCCACAAAAAGGAAGCGACAACAAUAGCCUGGCAUCCGAUUCAUGAAAGUUUGUUUGCAAGUGGGGGUUCAGAUGGGGCGAUACUUUAUUGGCUUGUUGACAUCGACAAGGAGGUGGGCAGCAUAGAGAAUGCCCACGAGACGAUGGUGUGGAGCUUGGACUGGCACCCGCUCGGUCACAUCCUGGCAUCUGGCUCCAACGAUCAUACAACAAAGUUUUGGACUCGCAACAGGCCUGGAGACUUGAUGAGGGACAGGUACAACCUCAACACCCUGCCGUACGGAGUCGAUGAAAAUGACGGUCUGUCCCUCCUCUAG